GAGUAGCUCUCAGUGUACCACUAGAUACCGGUGGUGCAUGCAUCGCAGAUACUUCAGUUAAAGGGAAAGGUUUUUUUCAUUUGUUCCAUGUUAAAUAGUUAACUCUAAACCUUUUAUAGACAGUUUAUUUGACUAAAUUAAUUGUGUAAAUGUGCGUUUCCAUACGAAAAGAAGAAAUGAGAAUCCAUAGUUGUUUCUGUGAUAAGUAUGUAAACUUCCGAUGAUGUGACGCGAGAGUGUCAUCGGUUACUAAGGAGAUGGCUUUAGAGAUGACUUCUGACCUGUCCUCUUUGGACAAUCUUACAGAAGAAAACAUCCGGAAAGCGCUGAGAGAAAGAUACGAAAAUGACAUAAUAUACACAAACAUCAAGGACAUAUUGAUUGCAAUUAACCCACGAAAACCACUGCGACUCUACUUAGAUGAAAUCCACGAACAGUAUCAUUAUGACCAGGCGGUUGGCGGACUGGAGCCCCAUGUGUUCCAAGUGGCAGCAGCGGCGUACAAGCGCAUGCUCCAAACCGAUACUGACCAGGUCAUUAUCGUCUCUGGUGAGAGUGGGGCGGGAAAGACAGAAAGCACGAAGUACAUGGUGAAACACCUCGUGCACAUGUGCAAGGGCGGGGACAUGGAGCUUCAUAAUAAGCUCAUUGAAAUAAAUCCGUUGUUGGAGGCGUUCGGAAAUGCCAAAACCACCCUGAACGAGAACUCAAGCAGAUUUGCGAAGUACCUCGAAGUGAGCUUCAAACACGAUGGGCAACUGGCAGGAGCUGUUGUUCGUGACUACAUGCUUGAGAAGUCCAGAAUCGUUUAUCAGAGCGAGGGGGAAGGCAUAUUCCACAUAUUUUACGCAAUGUUUGCUGGAUGCACCCCAACACAAAGAGGGGAUCUGUUUUUACCAUCAGACAUUGACCAAUACAGGAUUCUGCGAAGCGAUCCGUACCAUGUUGACAGAACAGACAGUUACAAAAAGAUGUUCUCCGAAACAAUGAAAAUAUUGGAAAAAAUCAACGUGGACAGUGACGUAGUACUUAGCAUGCUAGCGGCAGUCAUCAACAUUACUGAGAUUGAAUUCGAGGAGGACGACAAAGGCAUUGCGCAGAUCAAAGAUGCAGCACCGUUCGUGCAUGCUACACGUUUACUUCAACUGGAGGAAAUCGCCUUUGGAGAGGCACUCGUUGCUUCAAAGAGGAGGCUCAGAAACGAAGAUCCCGUGGCCGUGUACAAAACAGUUCAACAAGCUGAAGACGGGAGAGAUGCCUUGGCAAAAAUUCUCUACGAACGCAUGUUUGGAUGGCUGGUGCGCAUGAUCAACCAGAAUCUACACCCGCAUAGAUUAGGCACGGAUAUAAAAGCAAAUAUUGGUAUCCUCGAUAUCGCUGGGUUUGAGAAGCUAAGGACCAACAGUUUUGAGCAGCUCUGCAUCAACAUUGUGAACGAGAAGUUGCAGAACUUUAUGAACAAGCAGAUCUUCACCAUGGAGAUGGAACUGUACGCGGCAGAGGGCGUUCAAUUGGAUGAUGUAAAGUUCGAAAACAAUGAUCAACUUCUACGUUUGUUUGAAGAGAAAAAAAGCGGUCUCUUGGAUAUCUUAGACGAGGUAUCCAUCUUCAAGCAAGGCUCAGACCAAGACUUUGUCCUCCGUGUAAAACAACAAUUCAAAGACAGCAAAUACUUCGAUUGUCGUGGAGCAGAGCGUAUGUUUGGUAUCAACCACUUUGCAGCCAUGGUUCCGUACGACACAACAGGCUUUCUAGAAAAGAAUCGAGACAGGCUGAAUCGCGAGUUGAUGGAAGUCAUGAAGGACAGCGAUGACCCAUUUCUCAGUGAUCUUUUUGCGGUGAAGCGAGGACCAACGGGGACAAUUUCUGCGAAUCCGCAUACAAUAAGAAAAUCAACUCGAGCAAAAAUCAUGGGUGUUCCCGCAGGCCCUUUGGUUGGAAAAACGGCGCUUUCUAAGGUUCAACUGAAACCCACUCCUCAAGGUAAGGCGCUGGCUGCGGAUAUUGGUAAAAGCCUCAGGACGAAGUUUGGGACCGUAAAAGCACCGGAUUCCAAACGUCAUGCACCGACACCCCCAGACCAAACCCUGGUGGCGUUUUUCAAGAAAUCUUUGCUCGAUUUGUUAGACAAACUUCAGUCGGGCGAUCCAUUUUUUGUCAGGUGUAUCAAAGCCAACAAUGCACACAGUCCAAACAUGUUUGAAGACCAAGUUGUAAGCGACCAGCUAAAGUAUAAUGGCCUCGCCGAGGUCGCCAAAAUUCGCAAGAAGGGAUACCCUGUGCGGAUAGCGUACACAGACUUUGUACGCAGGUACAGGAUUGUCGCUCCUUUGCGCAAUAUAACGAAGGACGCCAUGAUUUCUGCACAUACAAUUUUAGCAGAGACGCCUUUGGUGUAUCGGAAAAAGUACAGGCUUGGAAAAACAAAGGUGUUUAUGACCUCCGAAGUGGAAGACUUUCUUGAAGUCUUUAUCAACAUAAGACAACGGAAUGCGGCACUCACGGUAGCAAAGUGUGUACGGAAAGGGGUAGAAAUACUUAGACAAAGGCGAAUAGCUGAAGAAAAACGUAUAGCUGAAGAAAAACGCAUAGCUGAAGAAAAACGUAUAGCUGAAGAAAAACAUAAACGCAUCAAUGAAGAAGAAAACCGCAAAAGACAAGAAGAGGAGAUCAGACGGCAAGAAGAGAACAGACGUGUUCAAGAAGAAAAACUCGAAGCGGUACUGGACAGAUCGCCAACAAGCACGACAAGCGAAAGCUAUGAUGGACGUGACAAACCAAAAUGGAAUACAAGUGGCAAAACAGGUGAUAGUGACAUUGGCUUGCCUCCCCGGAAAAGCGUUGAUCUAAGUCGUCUUCGUGAUACAAUGGCAAUGCGUCCAGGUGGAGGCUAUUGGAGUUCUAGCUCGAGCAAUUCGUCUAGUUCACAAUCAAGCAAUGGACCUGGACCUGGACAUGAAUAUCGCCCUCCGACACCACCCGAGGUUGGGACAUUCAUGAGUGAUGAGACUUACCCGAAGAUCCCACUUGAUCAACCUCCUGCGCCUAAUCCUCCUGAAGAUGGACCUAAGCAGCACUUCUGGGAUCUUCCACAAAUCAUAUCAAGAGACCGCAAAGAACGUGAUGUUGACGAGGAUCGCGGUUUGCAGGUCAUCAAAGCAGUUGCUUACAUCCUGUUUUGCGCGAUCCUUCUGUGGUGUGCCGUGGCACAGAAGCUGAGUCUGAUGACACUGGUCGCCUACCAGUACAACAGAACUGCCAACGCCACGGACUCGCAGGCAGAGGAAAGAAAAACAGUUGCGGCUGGAAAGCACUUACUCCUUGCGAUUGCCAUCAUGAUUCCGUACUGCUUGACGUUCCUGACCAGUCUAUUUAAAUGGAUGUUUGGGUCCUUCCCAUUUCCAGGAUUUCCAGCAAUUUUGUUUUGUAUUGCGAUGGAAACCAUUCAUUCACUUGGUCUUUGUGCAUUAGUGUUUAUCAUCUUACCGGAUAUGGACAUCGUUCGCGGGAUUUGGCUGCUGAAUGGAGUAGCAGUGCUACCGUCCAUAUUGUAUCCGGUCACUGCAUCAGAACCCAGAACAAGCAGGAACAGUUGUCUCGGACGCAUAGGAUGUUUUUCACUAAGUGUUUUAGCGACCAUCGUGCAAGUGGCAUUUAUUCCACUUGUGAUCCUGUUUGAUAACUUUGUCGCUGUAAGCACAAUUGACAGCAAGGCGCAGACAAUAGUGAUCUUCAUUAUCGCCAUGAUUUUUGUGUCAUUUUCGUGGUGGGAAAAUUUCAGUGAUGACCGGUUUUGUGGGCGAACCAAUGAUAACAGCAUUAUUAAAACCACAUUUCUGAAACUGAAAUUCCACUUACAGGAAUCAAGACCCGUUAUCAGUUUCUUUACAAGUUUAUGGAAAAUCGGCAUCACUUGCUUGUUGACCUGGCUUACUAAACAGUAUAAACCCUUCUCUGAUUCUAUGAACUCUGAACAUCAUGAAAUAGAUGACGUUUCAGUGGCCGAUGCAUUAAGAAAACUCGGAGAUAUGCCACUUAAAGACAACGCUGCUAUUUUAACAUUGACACUGACAACUUUCGUGGGUUACUACAUAGCGUACACAACCUGCAAAUUGAAGAUUCAGAAGUUUUCUUUUAGCUUUCCCCUGAUUAUUUCAACACCUGUGGCAGUCGUAAUUGCUUCGGUGGAUUGCAGACCUUCAUUUAAUCUUUUAAUUCCAUUCACCAACGAACUACAGAAUGUGUGUGAACAACAUGAUGAGGUCAAAGAAUGGGUGGGCGUGUACAUAGCCGGAGUCGUGGUAUUGGCCUCGUUGUACUGGUUGUGUAGACAUAUUUUCUCUCCAAAUAUAGAAAGACUGGCUAGAACAGAGAGGUUGUUUAUGAACCCGUUUUACUGCAGCAUUUUGUUUGAACAACAUUUGAUACUGAACCGCCGCCGUCACAACCGUAGAGUCAAGAAGGAAAUCGACCCAGAUAAAGAAUUCUACAGCUUGUCGGAACACAAUUUUAAAGUAAAUAUCGAAGGGGAUGAAGAGGAAGAUAAAGACAGCAAACACGGCAGUGAAGAAGAGGAGACGGACAUAUACGCUGAUGAUUACAGAAAUCGGAAGUUCCGUGAUAUUCCGAUGAUUUACGCAUGCGCAACCAUGUGGCACGAGACAAAGAUCGAAAUGAUUCAACUGCUGAAAUCAAUAUUCAGAAUGGACCGAGAUCAGAACAUUCGGAGGAAUGCAGAAAUAUUGACAGGAAAGGAAGACAAAGAUUUCUAUGAGUUUGAGGCGCAUAUAUUCUUUGACGACUGUAUGGAUUUGGACGACGAUGAAGACCUGGUGCCGAAUCCCUUUGUACGAGAAUUGCUCUCGGUGUUGCAAGAGUCUGUCAACUCGGUUUAUGCCAAACCUAUGAAACUGAUGCAGCCGUUCAUUGUACCAACACCGUACGGUGGGCAGAUAGUUUACCCGAUGCCAGGAGAGAACUUCUUGUUCAUACAUCUGAAAGACAAGACUAAAAUAAGACACAAGAAACGUUGGUCUCAGGUGAUGUAUAUGUAUUACUUGCUGGGAUACAGAAUAGUACGGUGUUGUCAGGAAACCGUAACCGAAGCAUUAAAACAUGGCCGAAUAAACGAACUUUUAGGAUGGGAAGAUGGCGAGACUGUGCAUGGCGGUCAAUAUGGGCGGAGCCAUAUUUUCCACGCAUUUGAUGAACAAACUCUGAGAAAGGCAAGCAACACUUUUGUGUUGGCUUUAGACGGCGACGUCGACUUCUCACCGGGAGCAGUAAAACUUCUGGUAGAUCGGAUGAAGAAGAGUGAAAAAGUCGGUGCUGCUUGUGGACGAAUUCACCCGAUAGGAACAGGCCCAGUAGUGUGGUUUCAAAAGUUUGAAUACGCCAUCGCCCACUGGCUACAAAAGGCAACCGAGCACGUUCUAGGGUGCGUUUUGUGCAGCCCUGGUUGUUUCUCACUGUUCAGAGGUUCUGCUCUCAUGGACGACAACAUAAUGAAGAAGUACACAAUCUUGCCCACAGAGGCAAGCCAUCACUUAAUGUACGACCAAGGUGAAGAUCGGUGGCUUUGUACACUUCUACUGCAACAAGGAUACAGAGUAGACUAUGCAGCUGGCUCAGACGCCUUCACUUACGCUCCAGAGGGUUUUGCAGAGUUUUUCAAUCAGCGCCGACGAUGGAUGCCUUCAACAGUAUUCAACAUUAUAGACCUCUUGGCCGAUUACCAGAACACUGUUUACGUAAACUCAAACAUCAGCAUGCUGUACAUUUUCUACCAGGCUUCACUGUUGCUGUCAACAGUCAUAGGCCCAUCUACUGUUCUGAUGAUGAUCGCUGGGGCAAACCUUGUAGUUUUCAACACUAACUUGAUAGAAUCGUACAUUAUCGCCAUGGCACCGGCUUUAUUCUACUUUGUUGCCUGCUUCUACGUAAAACCAAAACUUCAAAUACAAUUUGCCGAAAUAUUAACAGGCCUGUAUGCCUUUGUGAUGAUGAUUGUUCUUGUUGCAACAAUUGUGACCGCAGCAAAAGAAUCACCGUUUCACCCCAGCGUGAUAUUUAUUGUCAUGCUGGUGAUUGCGUUUUCCUUCGCAGCUCUUCUACACCCAAAAGAAUGGACUAAUGUAAUUUACGGAGCUUUAUAUUUUAUUUUGAUUCCAACCGGGUUUUUACUCCUUAUUUUUUAUUCAAUGGCUAAUUUGCAUGUAGUAUCUUGGGGAACCAGAGAGGUGCCAAAAAAGAAAAGCAAAGAGGAAAUGGAAGCUGAAAAGAAAGCACUUGAAGAAAAAAAACGAAAGAAAAAAGAACAAGGCUUUUUCGGGAGAUUUAUGCCCGCCUUUCCGACAAAGGAACUGAAAGACCUGAUAAGUAAGAUAACAGAGACCAAGAAGGAGGAACCAGUGUCCACCAGCGAAACUGUCGCGCUUCUUAAAGAUCUGAAUGAAUCUAUGAAAACAAUGAUUAAAAUACAGAUAGACGCGAAAAAUAAUGUUCCGCUUACAAAUGAUCAGAUAGAUAAUGCUUUGCAAAAGGUCACAAUGCGGGCACAAGACGUAGCUGAACCGUCUCCGACAAAAGGCAUUUUAAAAGAUCCCCUAAAGCCGACGCAACGACUGUCAGUUUCAAUAUCAAAGAAGGAGCCAGAAAUUAUAUCAGAGGAUGGCUCAGUUAAACCAAAGAGAAAUGACUUGGUAAAUCCGAAAUGGGCCGAAAUUCCAGAACUUCAGCAUGGUAAAAAGUUGCCAUUGGUGAAGGAAGAAUUGAAUUUCUGGACUGCGUUUAUCGAAAAAUACCUUUACCCGUUGGACUUUUCGGCUGAAAAGAAGAAGAACGACCAGAAGGCGCUUUUAGAACUAAGGACGAACAUAUGCGUUGGCAUGGCCAUUGUUAAUCUUCUUUGGAUCGCAAUCAACUUCAUGUUCCAGUACACUAAGCCAACUGAGAUAAAGAUCAACUUAACAAGCUCAAGUACUUCAGAAGACAAUAUUGAGAAUGAGCUGACAUCUGAAACCCGAAAGUAGCAGCAGUGGGCCAAUAAAGAAUUUAGAAGUAGAUGCACUUGGACUGCUGUUCGUCUUUUUCUACCUACUGAUCCUGCUGAUUCAGUUUGCUGGAAUGAUAAUGCACCGCUGGGGAACCUUCUUACAUCUCGUAUCCGUUACAAAACUUAUUAAUCCAUUGAAAGGACAAAGUGCAAGGGGACCCUAAUACAUCAAAGGGAUUAUCUGCAAAAGAAGCUCGAAAAGCAUGUGAAAUAUUGUUAGAGGAACCUUUACCAGACUAUCCAGAAGACGAAGAAUUAGAAAAAGAACAAGAACGAGAAGAUCAGGAAAAUGCGAAACAACAGUUGGUACUACUCCAGAAAACUGGUAAUCGACUCAGAGUUACAGUGAACAACAAAGGAAUUGGAGCAUCGACACGUCUUUUAGGUCAAACUCAGAGUGCUGAUCACUCGUUAUUGGCUCAAAGCGCUAGAAUGCUUGCGAGGAUGCCGAGUACACACCAUCUGAGGACGACGGUGACCAUGACAUCCCUAGAUGUAACGAGACGAGAGGCUCAAAAGAUGCUUCAUAGACAGCAUGACCAAUAUAGAGACCGACCUCUUCCACCGGUUAUAAAAAGUAGAAGGCGUUUUAAUACGGGACAAGGAAGAUCCGAUAUCGCGUUGCUAUCGGAUUGGGAGAAAUUGUAUCAAAUUAGGUAUCCGGAUCAGGAGCGUGAAUUAAUAAACCCAGAGCCACCAGAGCCAGAGGAUAAGCCGGUGGAUGAACUUUGCAGAGAAAUAUCUAAACAAGGAACGGUGGGCAGACAACUAGCAAUGCGUCUGCAGCUUUACUCAAAAACUACGCCAGUUAAAAGGAGAACUGUACGCUUUUCAACCCCUACAGAAAUGAACGACUCGAGUAACCAUAUCUACAACCGCCGUCCUAAUUCAAUGGAGAUGUUCUAGAGAUUCUAAAGCAAAACAGUUUUAAUUACGCUGAAGCCGUUCUCGCCAUAUAUUUCGUCUUACCUGUGGCACGGUUCAGAUUGUAAAGUCCAUCAAGUGAUAAAUGGUAUUGUGUACUGUGAUAUUUCUUGUGAUAAAUGUAAACUAUUCUAAGCGGAUAUUCGGUCAAUCGUUAUUAUGAAGGUUUGCACAAAUUGAGUAUCACAGUAUCACACAUUGGAUGCUGGAAACAAAUAUUGCACAGUGAAGUGGACUUCGUCGACAUGACUGACACAUUGAAAAAAUAUAGAAUUGUAUAUAACGAACAAUUUUUUAAUCUUUGAUAUACGUUUAUAUCACUGUUUAUUGUGUCAUUUUUGUAUUGACAAUCAAAGAGGUUCGAUUUUGCAAUGCUAUUGUGGUAACUAUUUAAUCAUUCACAUGCAUUGUAAAACCGAGAGUGAACAACGAUUGUAAACAUUGGAGGAGAGCUGAACAUCAAACCUUUUGUUUUGCUUCGAGUAAACGUCUAUGUACAUCAUUUAAAAUGUAAUUUAUUAUUGUUUGUUGUUUAUUUUUUACUUGUAUACUAUAUAUUUUGCGUGAAAUUUUCUUCUUAUUAUAUAAUUAUUGUUUUGUUGUAUUUUAAGUUGGAAGGGGUUAUAGUGGAAAGUAUAUUUAAAUACAUUGAAGAAUAUAUAAUUUUGCUACAUAUUUUUCGUUUUGAUAUGUGAGACUAUUAUAAUAAUAUACUUUUUAUUUGGUUAUCACAAUUUAUUAUAUGCAAUUAACAGCUAAUAUCAGAUUUAAAAUAGUAUUUACUGCUUUCCGAUCUGCAUUCGUUAAUUUAUUUAUUUGAUUAAUACUAGCAAUAGUCAACAUCUUCAUUUGAUCCGAAAUAUCUAACAGUAAAAUUGUCUUAAUUGCUGUAUUCACUGCAAGUAUGUAAAUGUGUGUGCAUUAUUUGAAAAAUUAUAACUUGUGAUAUGAUUUUCUAAUUGGCCGUGUACAUAACUUAAAAUAGUAUUUAUAUAUACAUUUCAUAGUAUAUUUACGUUGCGUGUCAUUAAAUGGGACUAUGCCGUUGUCGUUGGGUGAGUACGCUGAAUGGGCACUGUCUUACAUUUAAGUAAUAUGCGCUUGUGAUUUUGAUAAUAUGUAAUAAAACAUAUGACAAUAUAUAAAAGUCAUAAUAAAAGAGAGUGUCUGUAAUAACUAUACAAUAUUAAAGUUGGUAAUGUUUGACAUCAUUAUAAUUAUAUCAACAUGUUUUUCCACUUUUAUUUUAAUUGAUUGCUUAAACAAACAUAUUAAAAAAAUAUCUAAACGACCGAACAAUCUCUUUGGUAACCUUUUAAACAAUCAAUCGCGUGUUAAUGAAAUAAGUACAUAUUCAGAAUAUUUUUCAAGACAGAUGGUAUGAAAUUUGUAUCAGUGUCACGGUGUAUUCCCUGAUAGUACAACCUCGAAUGCAUAUUUUCUAUUUUGUGUUUAUAAAAUGUUAUGUCUUUGUAUGCAUUUUACUUGAACCAUUACAUGCAAUUUCAUAAAGUGAACGUGAAGUUGAUGUUGUUAAUCGUACAUUGUAUUUCGUCUUUAUUAUGUUGAAAAGUCAUUUAUUUUGUUUGCAACGAACAUAUACACUACAGACACAAAAAUGCAUAUUAAACAUCGUGAAAAAAAGGCAAAAACUUAACAACAUUAGCUGUGGACAGCGAUACGUCAAACAUCGUUUGUUGCUUUGUAUAACUUAAACUUAAACUCUAAGUCAGUAUUUGCCUGAUCUACACAUAUUACUGUUCUCAUGAAAGGACAUUACCACAAAUUCUUUUUUUCUUAAAUAAUAUAAUUAUUAUAUAUGUCUUUUUUUCUAAAAUACUACUUACAAUUAUACAAUUUAUGUACAUAAUCAAUGAAUCAAUAAUAUCUAAAGUCACACUUGAUACGGUGGACCCGCGGUAUUAAAUAGCCACGUUGUAAUUAUUGUUCGAUUUCAUUUGACAUGCCAACAUAGAAACAACGAUAUCACCAACGACAUUUACAGCAAACUAUUGAUAUAGCAUACACCAUAUAGCAUACAUCAUAUAGUAUUACAAUUAUUCUUCUAUACAUUGAGAAUAUGAAGUGGAAGAUGGUAUAAACCAAACCCUACACAUUUUGAGCGAAUGACAUGCAGUGUCUGAAAUCGUUCAGAAGACUAUUAUAAUGUUGUGCUUGGAUUUAUAUUAUGUAUAGAUUUUAAAUAUAAGUAAAUGCCAUCAUAAACAAUACACAUAAAAAUUGAUGACCAAAUAUGAAAAAGUAGGACUUAUGUCACUCGGUAUUUAAUCUGUGUUAAGAAACCGUUGUGCGUUUGUCCAUGCUGCAUUUCUAGUUACAUCAACGAACAUGCAUGUCUCCAUUCGAUGAAUCUUUACCCAUAAAACUUGUUACAUGCAUAUCCUUUUUGUUGUCAAUUGUUUGUAUGCUGAAAUAUGUAAAUUAAUAUUUAAUGUGUAAAUAAAAUGUAAGAAGUGA